AUGGCGACGCUGGGAGGCGAGUCGCAGCCCUUCCCCGCCGCUGCUCUGGCGGCGGCAACGGCCGGGGUGGGCGGCGGCGGCGGCGGCAGCGGGUCGCUCGGUUUGCAGGCGCCGCUGAACCGCGGUCUGGAGCGGGCGUUGGAGGAGGCGGCGCACUCCGGGGGGCUCAACCUGAGCGGCAGGAAGCUGAAGGAGUUCCCGCGCAGCGCCGCCGCCCUCAGUCACGACCUCUCCGAUACGGUGCGGGCAGAUUUGUCCAAGAAUAGAUUAACUGAGGUUCCUACGGAGUUGUGCCAUUUUGUGUCACUGGAAACACUAAAUCUAUACCACAAUUGUAUUAAAAUUAUACCAGAUGCCAUAGUAAACUUGCAAAUGCUAACUUACUUAAAUUUGAGUCGAAAUCAGCUUUCUUCUUUGCCAGCUUGCCUGUGUGGUCUUCCUCUAAAAGUCUUAAUUGCAAGUAACAAUAAGCUAGGUUCCCUUCCAGAAGAGAUAGGUCAGCUAAAACAGUUAAUGGAACUGGAUGUCAGCUGUAAUGAAAUCACAGCUUUGCCACAGCAGAUAGGCCAGCUGAAAUCUUUAAAAGAACUGAAUGUCAGAAGAAAUUACCUCGAAGUUUUACCCCAAGAACUAGUACAGCUUCCCUUGGUAAAGUUCGACUUUUCCUGCAAUAAAGUGCUUGUGAUUCCAAUUUGUUUUAGAAAGAUGGUGCAGUUACAAGUAUUACUGCUUGAGAAUAAUCCUUUGCAGUCUCCACCAGCACAAAUUUGUACGAAGGGUAAGGUGCAUAUAUUCAAAUAUCUGACUGUACAGGCAUGUCAGAUUAAAACAGCAGACUCACUGUAUCUUAAUGCCAUAGAACAACAGCAUUUGCCACAACCCGUGGAAGAGAGUAAAAAGGACUCAGAUUCAGGUGUUGGUAGUGAUAAUGGCGAUAAACGUUUGUCAGCAACAGAGCCAUCUGAUGAAGAUACUAUCAGCUUUAAUGUUCCGAUGUCGGACAUCAUGGAAGAAGAUCAGAUUGUAAAGGAAGAUUCAGGUCACCAUGCUAACUCAAGAAAAGUGGAAUUCCAUCAAGGAUCUUCUCACUUGAUUGUCAAUGAUAAGUCAAGAGAAACAGGAAACCAGUUUGAUGAAUCGGAUACUCUUACUACUGAAUUUAUGAGUUACAUAAAGAGCAGAGCAGCAGAGUGUGAUGAAUUAUUGAGAAUAGAAGAGGACACACAAUGGCAAACAGAUGAAAUAAUAAAUUUAUCAGAAGAACAAACUAUUGAUAUUGCAAUGAUAGAACAACUAAGAGAAGCAGUAGAUUUAUUACAAGAUCCCAACAGAUUAAGCAUGGAUAUUUCAGAGAGCAGUGGUGUGAAUCUGUAUCCCAUGGAACCAGCAACAGCUUUAGAAUUUCAGGAGUCUACAGUAAACGGUCAAAUGCAGAUGGAGAUGUCUUCCCUUGGUCAGGUACAAAAUGAUCUAAUUGUUUGGAAUACAAGUGGGCAAACCUCUCACAAUGAGAACAAGGAUAAAAGUCCGACAAUGUCUCCUACUGCAAACACCACAAUCCCUUUUGGCCUGAAGCCACGAUCAGUGUUCUUAAGACCACAAAGAAAUUUGGAAUCAAUAGACCCACAAUUUACAAUUCGAAGGAAAAUGGAGCAGAUGAGAGAAGAGAGAGAGCUUGUGGAACAGCUGCGUGAGAACAUUGAAACAAGACUAAAGAUUUGUUUGCCUGAAGACUUGGGGUCUGCUCUGAUGGAUGGUGUAGUUCUCUGCCAUUUAGUAAAUCACGUUCGUCCUCGGUCUGUAGGAAGUAUUCACGUACCUUCACCAGCAGUACCUAAACUUAGCAUGGCCAAAUGCAGGAGAAACGUGGAAAACUUUCUGGAUGCAUGUAGAAAACUGGGGAUACCAGAGGAGAAGCUCUGCCUACCACAUCACAUCCUAGAAGAAAAGGGCUUGGUAAAAGUGAGCAUAACAGUUCAAGCAUUGCUAGAUGUAACCACAGUGAAACAAGCUUUAUUUACAUGAAACUACUAUCUCUGCUGUUACCAGCUCCACUGUGCCAUCAAAGAAUCAAAAUACUGCCCAUCUUUUCAAACUGCAUUGAAAAAAAACCAGUGCUCCAAGAGUACUCUUACACUUCUGAUUUUAAAAUCGUCUUUCAGACUGUACAUGUGCGUCGAACUACAAACCAGAAACUAAACAGAAACAUUUUAUAGAGCAAAUUGGCGCUUCACUGCUUUUAUAGCUCACUUUGUACAGUACUUAGUAAAACAGCCACCUCUCUGCCACUUAAAAAUGUGUGGAGUACACAGCUGUCUUGCAGCAAGAUACCUUCGUAUUAUUAAAGUAAGAAUCA